GCGCAGUCAACGGUUACUGGCCGAUGCUUGGGCAGCGGGGGGAGAGUUGCCGGAAGCGGCAGACGGUGAAAGGUUUUGAGAAGAGCAGGAUUGAUAGAUGCACGGCUGGAACCAAACAUCACAUCAGGAUCUGAAUAUCAUUGGCCUUUGAAUAUGGAAGGGGAAAUGCUUAUCGGUUCUGUCUGAAGGGACUGAUUUAAAACAACAGUGAGAGUGGCAAAGUACUAACAUAUACAUACACCCCUGAGUGACACCGUUCUAGAAUACUGUAGAAAGAGCUUUCAACAGUGUGACUUCCUGAAAACAGCACUGUUGAUGGUGGGGAGAGAUCGCAUAUGUGUUCUGUACGAAGAAAACGUCUGCACCAUGGCCAAAUCGUUGACAUGUGGGGACUGUGGCAAAAGAUUCGAUUACCCAUCCCAGCUGGAAAUCCAUCGGCGCAGUCACACUGGGGAGAAGCCAUUUAUCUGUUCAGUGUGUGGGAAGGAAUUUACUAAGACAACCUGUCUCAUGUUACACCAGCGAAUUCACACUGAGGAGAGGCCAUUCAGCUGCACACACUGUGAAAAGAGGUUCAUUUCUUCGUCUGACCUCAAUCAACACCAGCGGGUUCACACUGGGGAGAGACCAUUCAUUUGCUCCCAGUGUGGGAAGGGGUUCACAAAGUCAUCCAACCUGGUGACUCACCAACGGAUUCACUCCGAGGAGAAGCCAUUCGGCUGUGCUCGCUGUGGAAAGAGUUUCAAAUAUUUACAUAGCCUUGAAGAGCACCAGCGAGUUCACACCGGGGAGAGGCCGUUCACAUGCUCCAUGUGUGGGAAGGGAUUUACUCAGCCGUCCAGCCUGGUGAGACACCAGCGAGUUCACACCGGGGAGAGGCCAUUCAGCUGCUCUGUGUGUGGGAAAAGCUUCAGGCAGACGUCGGCCCUCAUCACCCACCAGCGAGUUCACACGGGGGAGAAACCAUUCAGCUGCUCUGUGUGCGGGAAGGCCUUCACUGUAUCAUCGACCCUCAAGGCACACCAGCAGACUCACUCCGCAGAGAAGCUCUUCAACUGCUCUCACUGUGGUAAGUCUUUCAGGUGUUCGUCCGCCCUGCUUGCACACCAGCGCGUUCACACAGGGGAGAGACCGUUCAUCUGCUCUGUGUGUGGCAAGGGAUUCACUCGAUCCUGCAGCCUGGUCACACACGAGCGACUUCACACUGGGGAAAGGCCGUUCACCUGCUGCCAGUGUGAGAAGAAAUUUGUUAAUUCAUCCACCCUACUGAGACACCAGCGUGUUCACACAGGGGAGAGGCCAUUCACCUGCUCUGUGUGUGAGAAAAGUUUUAGUCAGUUUUCCAGUCUUUUGAAACACCAGCGAGUUCACUCUGGGGAGUGGCCUUUCACCUGUUCUGAGUGUGGAAGAGGAUUCAGUGCUUCAUCCAGCCUGUUGACACACCAACGGGUUCACACUGGGGAAAGGCCCUUCAACUGCUCUGAAUGUGGGAAGGACUUCAGUGACUCGUACAGCCUGCGGAGACACCAGCGAAUUCACACCGGGGAGAGGCCGUUCACCUGCUCUGUGUGUGGGAAGGGAUUUGUUCAGUCAUCUGAGCUGCAGAGACACCAUGUCUCUCACACCAGUGAAAGACCUUUUCAGUGCUCAGACUGUGGUCGUAGCUACAAAACCUCUCGGAACCUGAUGCUCCACCAGCGAAUUCACACCGAGGAGAGACCGUUCAGCUGCUCUCAUUGUGCAAAGAGAUUUAUAACAUCAUCCAAUCUCCGGAGACACCAGCGUGUUCACACAGGGGAGAGGCCAUUCACCUGCUCUGUGUGUGGGAAGGGAUUUAGUCAGUCAUCUGGGCUGCGCAAGCACCAGCGAGUUCACAAAUGAUGACAUUGCUUGGCUUUUGCUAUUGUUAUUGUGUCUGUUGAUCACAACCAGGACUUAACCAUGCUCAUUCCCACGGCGGUCAGCACUCAUCUCAGAGUCAGGAGAUGGUGACUGUGAGACCCACUCCAGAGACUACAUCUUCGAUGAUCCAGGGUUCAACGUUCCUGCCUUUGGAGACAGCAUGUUCACGUGAGACUUUGCUCAAUCGAUGUUGGGAUGGGGACAGGGUUUAUUUUAUAAGGAGAGGUUGGAUACAGGUUAGGCCUGUAUCCAUUGGAGCUUAGCAGAAUGAGAGAUGACCUUUUGAAACAUAUGAGAUCCUGACAAGGUUGAUGCUGAAAGAGUAUUUCUGACUGUGUGAGAGGCUUGAUCUGGGGACACAGUUUAAAAAUCCAGGCUCGCCCAUUUCAGAUGGAGAAGAGAUUUUUCUUCUCUCAAAGGGCCAUGACUCUUUGGAACUCUCUUACCCACACAGCAAGGAAGGCAGGGUCAGGGAAUGUUUUUAAAGCUCAGGUAGAUAGAUCUUUGACUAAUAAGUCAAUCAAGGAUUGUCAGGAGGGAGGGGUGAAUGUGGAGUUGAGGCCACAUGAUCAGAUUCAGUAAAAAGUGUUGUUUUGUGUGCUAUACAGGCAGAUCAUUCCAUACAAAUGCAUCAGGGUAGUCGAACAGAGUGCAGAAUAUUGUGUUAUAGCUGCUGAGAAGGUCCAGAGAGAGAGAGAUCAGAACUAACAUUUGAGAGGUCCAUUUAAAAGUCUGAUGACGGCGGGAAGAAGCUUUUCCUGAAUCUAUUUGUACGUGUAUUCAAACUUUUAUAUGUACUGCCUGACAGAAGAGCGUGGAAGAAAUAUAACUUUGUGAGAGGGGUUUUUGAUGAUGUUGGUUGCUUUCCCAAGGCAGCGGGAAGUAUAGAUGGAGUCAGUGGAUGGAAGGCUGGUUUGGGUGAUGGACUGGGCGGUGUUCACAACUCUCUAGUUUCUUGCAGCCUUGAGAAGAACAGUUGCCAAACCAUGCUGUGACACAGCCAGAUAGAAUACUCUUUAUGGUGCAUCUGUAAAAAUUGGUAAGAGUCCUUGUGGACAUACCAAAUUUCCUCAGGCUGCUGAGGAAGUAAAGAUGUUGUUAUGCUUCCUUGACCGUCGCGUUGACAUGGGUGAAGCAGGACAAUUUGUUGGUGAUUAUCACUCUCGACCAUCUCCACCUCCGCACCAUUGAUCCAGAUAGGGUCCUGCCCUCCACUCCGCUUCCUGAAGUCAAUAAUCAGCUCCUUCAUUUUGCUGACAUUGAUGGAGAGAUUGUUGCCUUUACAUCAUGCCACUAAACAUUCAAUCUCUUUCCUGUAUUCUACCUCAUCGUUUGAGAUCUAACCAACAACAGUGCCGCCCCUAAUUCCAAUUGUAAGUUUUAAGAAGGAGUAGAGGCAGUUUAGAUUAGUUCAAUGUGGUUCAGCCCACCAGUUGAAAAUUUCAAAUUCAUCCCUUGACAUGACACUAUUUAAAUGUUCCAGGUUGGACAGACAAGUCCCCCAGGUCACACAUAAGAUCAGAUUUUAUUUGGUAUAAUUUAGUAAGGUACUUAUUCCCCCUUUCUCGAUUCAUCCAUUACUGAGAUCAAGCUUGGGUGGCUCAGUUUUCAUAACUUGAAGUGAAUGAGCUGAAAGAGUCCUUUACUUAAAGAUUCAAUAUAAGAAAUUAAUUGGAGUGAAAAUGUCAUGGAAUAUAAACAGACAAAUUGAAAUUGGGAGACUUUAUUUCAAACAAAGUAUUUCAUUUAGUUUUCAUUAUUUGAGAAUAAAGGUGUGAGUAUAGGAUAAAAACUGAGAAUUGAAAUAAAAGGGAAUUGGGUGUACUGAAGGGAAAGCACCUUUUCUAGUUUUAACGGCAUCAAACAACUCAAUAAUAUCACCAACAUUAACAACUUUUGCCAAUUCAGUCUCAACGCUACAAAUUGUUAAAACAGCUGAUCAACUGCCAGCAAGCCAAACAACAUCUGUACAAAAAUCUGUCAAUCUUUUUGUGUUGACCCUUCCUCAGAAUAGGGAAAGUCUGAGGAAAAACUUUUGUGUCCUCCACAAUCUUUCCUGCAUUGUUUGUUUCUGUAUCAAGGUUUGUUUGUGUUGGAGUUAACAAAAGUAGCAAAGGAGUUAGAAGUGAUUCUAGUAAAUAUCAAAUUAGUUUAAAUGACUACUAAUAGGACAGUGCUGUGGAGAAGAUCAGAGGUUACACGCUGACUAUAUGGAGGACGUUGUGGUGCAGUAGUAAUGACAGUCUAGAACCCCAGAUCAAAGUUCUGAGGGUUGAAUCCUACCGCAGAGAUGGUAAAAUGUCAUUUUAAUAAAAUCUGGCAUUUGAAUUCAAUAAAAUCAAUACUGUCAAUUGUCAUUAAAAAAAAGUCUGGUGCAUCUGACUUCAGUGCUGAGCACUAGCAUGCUGAAUAUCAAGAACUGGGAGAGUAUGAAUAGUGCAAGUUGCUACUUUUAAAUGCUGAAUAAUUCAAAAUAUGGAACAAUUCAAAUAUGAUUGUCAAAACCCAUUUUUGAGACUGCAUUUCUACUGUCAGAAAAUAUCUCGUUCUCACUUCCUGUUGAAUUCUCUCAAUGAUAGUAAACAGUUGAUUGUCACUGGAUCAGUUUGUCUCCAUCAUUAUUUCUCAAUGCACUAAUCUCAAUUUUGACAUAAAACCAAAAGUUAUGAGGAUGCUGGAAAUCUGAAACAAAAACAGAAAUUCCUUUAAAAUAUCAGCAGGUCUGGCAGUAUCUGUGGAGAGAAAUCAGAGUUAACAUUUGUUCAGUGACCUUUCUUCAGAACAGUUCUACUGAUUUUCCAGUAAUUUCUGCUUUUAAUCUCAAUUUUGAGUUUGUUUGUAAACUGCUUUUACUUGACACGGAGUUUUUCACACCAUCUACACCUUAUCCUCAAUCUAUUCUGAUACUUACUUUCCCAUACCUGUCUUCAUGAACACUUUUGUCCUUUAUCAGAGUGAAUUCUCCCCCAUUAAGAAAUUGCUUACAUUUUCAAUGCUCCCUCUUUCUGUUGAUAAGAGUUUCGCUGCUUACGGGAAUAACUUUGACUUUUUCUUUCGACAACUUCCAUCAAGUGCCUUUGCGAUGCAUCAUUCAGCCCAUCAAGUCUGUAUUGUCAGUCCUGACACCACCCCUCUCUGUUAAUUGUGUGAAAACAAUUUUUGAGAAGGCCAGUUUGAUACAGACUGUGGUGAGCAUCUAGCCCAGUUUCUGGAAUGUGAACUGUACAUUUUUCACAUAACAUACAGGGAUAGCAGUGAACACAAAGAAUGGAAUUAGCCUACCAGCUCCAUGACUCAAGCCCUUAACACGAGGAUAGAGAGUGACCCGACUUUAAAAUAAUUAGAAGGGUUGAAAUAAGCUCUGGCACAAGGACAGUCAGAAAUAAGGACAGAUAUUAAGCAUUCAAGGUAUCAUUGGCAGUGUUACCAUCACUCUUGUGGUGACAACUCUCCUGAGACACAUCAAAUCAGGAUAAGGACAGAGACUUUCCCUGUGCUGUCAGCAAUUGAGAGACUGCGGACUCUUGGUGGGGGAUAAGAAUAUCCUCACUAUCUUCACUGCCUUUUGUUCAGUAUAUUUACCAAUUUUGCUUCAGAAAUUCCACCAUAAUAAUUUAACCUUUUAUCACUUAGUUGAAACGCAUUGUCAGUUCAGCAAUAUCCAGGGAAAUUACGGCUGUGGAAUACUAAAUUAAGCUGAAUAGAUACACCACCAGCCUGAAAUUUAAUCAGCGUACAAUUCGUACAUUGGUCACUUGUCUGAUUGUUGUUUGUGGAAGUUUACUUUGCACAAACCGGUAGUGAUGAGAAAUUAACAACUCAUAAUUGUAGAGACAACACAGUGUGGAGCUUGAGGAACACAGCAGGCCAGGCAGCAUCAGAGGAGCAGAAAAGUUAACAUUUCAGGUCGGGACCCUUCUUCAGAAAUAGUCAUCUCGUAAUUGUAGAACACAUCCAGCAUCAUAAACCAUUCCAAGGUGCUUCACAGAAGGCUUGGUGGUAAAACAGUGUUUAGUAGAUGGCCAAAAUGUUGAUUGGAGAGGGAGAUUUUACAAGCAGCUUUAAUUCAAGGAGUGACAGACAGGUUUCAGGGAGAAUUUUGGAGUUUGACACUGAGGCAUGGACACCAGUGGUGAGGUAAUUAAAAUCAGAUACAAACGAGAGGGGUUCAGGUACCUCAGAGUGUUAGGAGAGUUGGGGCCAUAGAGAGAUCUGAAAAACCAAGAUGCAAAUUUUAAAAUCAAGGCAUUGCAUGAUCACGAGCCAUUCUAGGUCAACGAGCACAGGGUGUGAUGAUGAACAAGACUUGGGUGAGAAAGCACAUGGGCAGCAGUUUUGGAUGGAGAUAACACAGUGUGGAGCUGGAGGAACACAGCAGGCCAGGCAGCA